GUGUUAGUGCAGACUAGCUUCCAUAUAGGAGUAUUUAGAAACAAGAAUGGCAGCAUCCUUUCCUUGCCAGUAGUGUUCUUCCUGUUCUGUAGUUUUGAUUUCGGUGUUUUAUGUCAUUCACUAUCUAUUUCUGUUGACUCAUAGAGUGGGGCUGGCUUUAUUGCAGAAAUAAAACCUCUUGGGAUUUUUCUUAAUAGGGAUUUUCUUUUCUUAGUGAGAUGCUAUUUAUUCCCAUUAAUGUUAUGGAAGAUUAGAUCUAAUAUUUUGCUGUUCAUUCCCACAGGGUGAUUAAUUAUCCAAUUCUGUUUCCCCGGUGGCUGAGCUUGCAAGAAUUACUUGCUCUCAGUGGGAUUUCUUGCUAAAAUAAUUCCUUCUCUGUAGAUUGUCAGUGGACAGGAUCAACUGAGGUUCCAUUUCCAGAAAGGAGGGAAGGGAGGAGAGAAAGAAACAUAUCAAAUUUAGGGGAGCGUAGAAGGAUUUCUGAUUCACCCCUUAAUAAUGUCUAGUUAAAGGCCCUUACUGCAUUAGACUGACAGUUUCACACCCCACAGGUGGCAAACAUGGCUGAGGAUAAACAAUCUUUGUUGGCAAGAUAAGUGUUGGCAAAGUGUGAAGGACUUACCUUGAAGGAUCUGCUGUUCUCCUACCAGGGGACCCCGUAUCCUGUCACAGUGUGCAGUGCAGAAAUGUUCCAAGCUCUGGAUGACCUGGAAGCUAGAAGAGAUGAUAUGGUGCUGGUGUCCUACCCCAAAUGUGGUGUGAACUGGCUCAUCGAGAUUUUAAGUGAUUUGAUAUUUACAACUAUCCAGAGUAAAACUGUGAGCACAGAACUACCAUUUAUUGAAUGUGGAGAUCCAGGUAAAUACCAGGUUAAGAUGAAGCAGAUUCCAUCUCCAAGGAUUUUGGCAACACAUCUGAAUUACGACUGCCUCCCCAAGUCUGUUUUCAAGAACAAAGCCAAGAUACUAGUGUUGUUUCGAAACCCUAAAGAUACAGCUGUUUCAUUUUUCCAUUUCCACAACAAUGUGCUAGGCAUCCCCAGUUACUGCUCUUGGGAUGAGUUCUUCUCAGAGUUCAUGAAUGGGAAAGUCAUCUGGGGAUCCUGUUUUGGUCAUACAGUCACCUGGAAUAAACACAUUGAGGAUGAGAAUACUAUGAUUGUAAUAUAUGAAGACCUCAAAGAGAACCUGACUGCCAGUGUAAAACAGAUAGCUGAGUUCUUUGGAUUCUCCCCAGCGGCAGAGCAGAUCCAGUCCAUUGCAGGUAGGGCCACUUUCCAGGCAGUGAAGGAUAAAGCUCAGGAGAUUCAUGGUGCUGUUGGCUCAUUUAUUUUCCGCAAAGGUGUUGUUGGAGACUGGAAAAAUCUUUUCACUGAAGCUCAGAACCAGGAAAUGGAUGCCAAAUUCAAAGUGUGCUUAGAAGGAACUAAUCUGGGAGCAAAGUUAAAAUAUGAUGUAUACUGCAAGGGCUGAACCUCCUUUAUGGAAAAAACCUCAUGUUCAGGCUGCUUUUUAUUCACUUUUAUGAAAUAAACAGAAACCAGGACAAUAUCUGAUUAAAAAAAAAUUGAAAAUGCAUGCCGUUUGCAAACCUGUUUCUGCUGGCUUAACUUACUCAAGCAACCUUUGCUUGUGCAGUUAGUAUCAUUGACUUCACUGGCUUUUCUUAAAUGAUCUGUAGUUUUUUGGCCUCACUUGGUUUUUAACACUGAUUUUUAGGUAAUAAUUAAUGUUAUGUUACCUGGUAGAAUCCUAUGUGGAAUAUAUAUAUGCAGUAGUUAAACCUACUGAAAUCACUGGAAAUAUAUUUGGUACAUUGGAA